AUGGCCGCGCCCGAGAAAGAAGUCCGUCCCACAGACGAAGAGGUUGCGCGCAGCAUAUCGCCAGAACCAAAGAAGUAUCCCGUCAAAUGGUACCGCUCGACGUUUUACAACGCCCUCAUCCUGGGUAUCUGCAACUUCCUUGCCCCCGGCAUCUGGGGCGCCAUGAAUUCGCUCGGCGCCGGGGGCGCAGAGAAGCCCUACCUCGUCAACGCCGCCAACGCACUGACGUUCUGUCUGAUGGUCGUGACCUGCUUCUUCGGCAGUGCGGUCGUGCGCCUUGUCGGCAUCAAAUGGACCCUCGUGAUUGGGACGAUGGGUUACGCCCCGUAUGCUGCCGGGCUGUAUACGAACAACCGCUUCGGCACGGAAUGGUUCGUCCUGGUCGGCGCGGCGCUGUGCGGUCUUUCGGCCGGGCUAUUCUGGAUGGCAGAAGGGGCCAUUGCGCUGUCGUAUCCGGAACCACACAAUCAAGGCCGGUUCUUGGGAUUCUGGCUCAGUUUCCGCGUGGGUGGCCAGAUCCUGGGCGGCGCGAUCAACCUGGGAAUCAAUUCGAGCCGAUCGAAGGCCGGAAGCGUCUCGUACUCGGUCUACCUGGUGUUUAUUGCGUUACAGGCUCUCGGUCCCUUCGCCGGACUGCUUCUGAACAAGCCCUCCCAGGUGCAGCGAACGGAUGGUCUCCCCGUCCACCUGCGCAUCUCGCACAGUCCGCUGUAUGAGCUCAAGGCGAUGGCAAAGCUGUUCAUCCGCCGGGACUUUCUGUUGAUCGUCCCACUCAUCGUGCAGGCCGUGUUCACCGAGGCCAUCAUGUUUACGUUUCUGUCGCUGUGGUUCUCCGUGCGGGCUCGUGCGCUCGGCUCGUUCCUAUCCGGAAUCAUCGCCUUGACCGUGGGCAACCUGCUCGGGGCGUUCCUCGACAAUCAGAAGCUGUCGCUGCGGUCGCGGAGCCGGGGGGCCUUCUUCGUUGUGCUUGGUCUGCAGGGCGUAUGGUGGGUUUGGGCGACGGUCAUCGUGACCGAGUACCAUCGCACGCUGCCGACGUAUGACUGGACGGAUGCUGGCUUUGGGCGAGGCUUUGCGCUGUAUUUGUUCUGGGUUGCGGGCUUUCAGCUCAAUUACAUGUAUCUUUUCUUUGUCGUCGGCAAUCUGGCGUCGGAUGAAGAAGAGGUUGUCCGGAUGGCCAGUCUUCUGCGGGGAACAGAGUCGGCCUCGCAGGCUGUAUCGUACGGUCUGGACAGUGUCAAGAUCAUGAGCUCUGUUGGCAGCACCUACCUGAAUUUUGGUUUGUGGGCUAUCGCGCUGCUGCCUGCGUGGCUUGUGAUCAAGGAGAUUGGAGUGUCUCUGGGAGAUAGGAAGGUCGAACGGGAGACUCGGCGGAUUGACAGUGAUUCGCAAGAAUAA